AUGACUAAAUUAAUUUAUUUUUUGGAAAGUUAACAAUUUGAACUAAAAAAUAUCAUGAACCUGUUAAAUUAGGUUAUUUAAACAUGUAUUAUAAGACGUUUCCUAAACAUUUAAGAGAAAUUUUUAAUUAAUAGAGGAAUGGAAUGUGCAAAUAAUUAGAGGACUUUAGCUGAAAAAUAAAGCUCUUUGAAUUAUAUAGCAUUAUAAUCUUGUUUAUUUGAUGACUUAAAUCAAGAAGUCUACGAUUAUGGGUCAGAUGGAUAUAGACCUAUAAUUUAAAGAUUUGAUAAAGAAAGAUUAAUUUAUAGUUGA